UCCGGCCGGAAGCAGCCUGACAGGUCGGGGACGCCGGUGAGCGGCUAGCUCCAAACUUGGCUCGCAGAGCGCCUUUUUCGCGCGGCUACAAUCCUACCAGUGGGGAAACAGCAUGUCUGAGGAGAGGUUUACAGCCGCGUCCAAAAGGAGCUCUGCAUGUUUCAGUUUGGACCAAGUGAUUGCUUCAAAACCUGGGAAGACUCCUAUCAGCUUGUUGCAGGAAUACUGCACGAAACAUGGUAAAACUCCACAGUACGAGCUUGUAAAAUCUGAGGGUCAAGCCCACCUGCCCAGCUUCACCUUCAGAGCGUCAGUGGGAGAAGUGAGCUGCAAAGGCCAGGGUCAGAGCAAGAAGGCAGCAAAGCACAAAGCAGCAGCAGCAGUUCUGGCUGUACUGAAUGGAGGAAAUCCACAAGAAUCUAUUUAUGAUGGUAUAAGCUAUACUUUACAAGAUCCAGAACCCACUACUCCCUCAAAGAAGUCUCAAAAUCCUCCCAACCCUAUUGGUGCACUUCAGGAACUGGUGGUACAGAAAGGGUGGAGACUUCCAGAUUACAGCAUUGCUGAAGAAUUGGGACCUCCUCACAAGAGAGAAUUUGCAAUCGUUUGCAAGGUAGAAACAUUUGCUGAAACAGGUUGUGGAACUUCAAAGAAAUCAGCAAAACGGGCUGCUGCAACAAAGAUGAUGGCCAAGCUACAGAAUAUUCCUGAAGGUUGGAAUGGGGAAGAAGACUUAACACCUGAAAGCAUUUCUUUGUCAAACCUCAAGAUUGAUUGUGCUGAGAACUCUGGAAAUGAAUGGAAUGCUUCAAGGGGAAAUGUGAUGGUGACCACCUGGGACCUUAUUAAAAAGUCACCUGGAGAAAAAAUAAAUCAGCUGAAGAGAAAUCCACUCAGCAUUCCCAAUACUGAUUAUACUCAGAUGUUAGGAGAAGUGGUGGAAGAACAAGGAUUUGGUGUCACCUACCUGGAUAUAGAUGAACUAACUGUGAAUGGUCAGUAUCAGUGUUUGGCUGAACUUUCAACUCUACCAGUUACAGUGUGCCAUGGUACUGGAAUUUCCCGUGGUAAUGCUCACAAUGAGGCUGCCCACAAUGCACUGCAGUACAUGAAGAUAUUGGCUGGAAGAAAUUAGAGAAACCAAUCUUUUAUCCAUAGAGCAGCAUAAGAUAAAUAAUUCUGAAGGGAAGUAUUUUUCUAAAUUACAAGAAGGAAUUGCAGCUAUGGUCAAAUUAGUUUUUGUGUGUACACACGUUUUCAUGGUAUUAAUUAACUGAAAUGGUUAAGGAGUUUCAAAAGUACUUUAUACAAUAGAAAUCAUGUACAGAGCAGCUGCUUUAAAUUCUACCCCACCCUACUGCACAGAUGAAGCAAAUGGAGGUCUGAUUAUUCUUAAAAUAAAAUAAUCAGAUGCACAAGUACUCCUUUGUGUAUUAGUUUAAUUUGUUAACAUGGCAGUUUAGUAAACACAUUGGAAUUUUCAAAGUUAUAAGACAGAUAUUAAUAGCCUGUUUUUAUUCUAGUCAAUGUGCAGUAGUUAGCUCUGUACCCUAUGUAUUGUGAAACGUCGUUCAGUUUGGGGACUGAAGGAAUUUGACAAGGAAAAUCAAGUUAUUCCAAAAUAUUUACAUUGCAAUCAGUUCAAUAUCAUAUCAGAAUAUUACAAUAAAUGGUGUGGCUGAAAAACUAUUAGAACUAAAUAGUGGUUGAAAAAGAUUGUUUUCUACAAUUUCAGAGUAUAUUUUUGUACAUAGAAUCAUUAAUUUAUACUUAGAAAUAAGUAGAACAAUAAGUUUUCCAUUGUUUUGUGCUGAUUCAUUUAUGCUUUUGUUCAAAAUGGAGAAUAUACCAGUAUUUAUCUAUGUUUGCUUUAAGAACGGUUGUAACUUCUCAAUUACAUUUAGAAUAAUGUCCUUUAGCAAAAUAGUCCUGACUCUUGCCUGAUAGUUUCUCACUUGCUGAGUGAACAAUUUAAGUUUAAAAACGACUACACAUUCAGUGGUUCUUUCCCGGGUGACUGCUGGUGAUCCCAUACCUUUCUCUUUUUUCAUGAUACCUAGAUGGUGAAAAAGGGAAUGUUUUUCCACGUGAAGCAGUAAUUUUCUUGCAGUUGAGUAGAUGCAUAUUUUGGUCAUUCAUUGCUUACAAUGGGGAUUUCCACAACAUCACAGAAACACACUAUUCCUAGCAAUAUUUAACAUUACUUUGAGAAGCAACAACUUCUGCAUUCUCUGUAUUAAAUCUGCAAAUAUGGGCAACUCACUUUCUCUGUCUUUUGUCGAAAUUGACUAUGUGCUAUAACUCACCUAUGAUAUUGUAUGUUUUUCUCUCCAGCAACACAACCUGCUGGACAUGUCUUGCAGCCCCAUGUAACACGCCUUUUCACAUCUUCUGGAAUCUUAUUCUCUAUUUCCCAUUAACCAGAUGACCUCUACCAAUUUAUGCCCACAGUGAAGCUUCCCUCACCUGAUGUAAAUUUAGCUCAUGCAAGAAUUGUUAUUCUGACAGCGUUAGAUAGCUGUCCAGAGUUUGUUUUUAAUAGAACAGUAUGUAUGUGUUUUCCAACUUUUUAUAUUAAACAGUUGCUGUAAUAAAAUGUAUUGUUGAUAAUUACAAAUUGUUCUGUAGAUUUAAUUGUGUAAAAUGAUUAAAUCUUUUCAGUAAUGACUGAAAUUUGAGAAAAUCUUUUGGAAGCCACAGGUCUUCCAUGUCUAUUAAUGUGACAAUCUUUAUCUGUAGAUCAUUUGCAUUGCACGGGCAAGUUUACAGGAAAUUUGUAAAGAUGAGUCUACUAAAAGAAAUAGAACAUUUUAAAUAAUGGUGCAGAAAUUCAGGCAUGUAACUCCGGUCUUGCAUGUGAAAUGACCCAAGUUUCAAAGAUAGGAGGGAAAUUGAAUAAUGUGACUUUGAAUGCCUCAAAAUCAUUAAAAAGUGGACAAUAAGUGCAAGAUCGUGUUGAUUAAUUGCAAUAAAUUUAGGUUCCUAUGCUUUCCCUCUGGUUUGACUUCUUAAGUACUUCAGCAUUUCAUUUUGCUUAGUUGACAACUGGCACAUAGUUUGGAGUUUAACUAGCAACAAGGUCUCUGUACUUGCUUAAUCCUAGACAUUUUCUUCUAAUACUGCACUCGGUAUUUUUGCCUCUUACUCAAGUUCAUGGAAUAAGCAGUGUGUUUGAACACUGCUCCAUUGUGUGUCUACUUCAUAAAAAUGAGUACUUGACCAUAACAGAUGCCACAGUGUACCAGUAAAGUUAAAAUAAACCAUUGUCCAUAGAUUUAAACUAUAGACUAAUCGGAUGCUGUGCUAAGGUAGGUAAAUUAUAUAAGGUUUAAAAAAAAUUACGGAGCUU